AUGGCCUCCAACGCCUUCCUGGGCACGGAUGCCAAGCCCGCAAAGAAGAUCAACCUUCUCGACGACAGCGGCUCCGACGAUGAGGAGGGAGGGGCAUCUCUGGCGGCGCCUCAGCUGAAGGUCAACGAGGAGUACGCCCGCAAGUUCGAGCACAACAAGAAGCGAGAGGAGAGGCAAAGACACCGAGGACGAGGACGGCUUCCUGGCCACCGAGGACCUCGAUGCCCAAAUCUCGGCCACCCUGAGCGCCAUCAAGAACAAGGGACCCCCGCGUCCGCGACAAGGACUUUUCCUUCUUCAAGGGCCGACGCCGACGCCGCCGCGGCGCCGACGAAUCCACCCCAGAAGAAGGAGAAGCCCCUGCGCCUGAAGGACUACCACCGUGAAAAGAUUCUCGCCGGCGAUGUCGGUGCCUCCGAUGACGAGGACGAGGACAGGCAGGACGGCAAGCCGCGGCCCCAGACCUACGCCGAGGAGCAGCAGGUCCUCCAAAAGUCCAUCGUCUCCGAGAUCAACCGCGCGGCGGCCGGCGGCGACGCCUCGGACGUCUCGAGCGACGACGACGACGACUUUGUCAAGCGCAAGGCCUCGGCAGCCAAGCCCGGCCAGGACGGCGUGCACCCCUCGCGCGCCAAGACGGUCAACAAGGUGUCUGACACGGACAUCGCCAACGCCGACCGCGACCCGGACACGUUCCUCUCCAACUUCAUGUCCGCCCGCGCCUGGGUCGCCCCCGGCGCCGACGGCCGCAACUGGCAGGCCUUUGAGUCGGACGACGACGACGAGGCCGCCGCCGCCGCCGAGGACCGUGCCGACGAGUUUGAGCAGGCCUACAAUAUGCGCUUCGAGGACCCCCAGAAAAGCAACGAGUUCCUGACCACCUACGCCCGUGACAUCACCGCCGCGCGCUCCGUCCGCCGCGACGAGGCCACGGGCCGCAAGCGCCAGCGCCAGCUCGAGAAGGAGGCCAAGGAGGCCGCCAAGGCCGAGCGCAAGGAGGAGCGCGCCCGCCUGCGCCGCCUCAAGGUCGAGGAGGCCGAGGAGAAGCUGCGCAAGAUCAAAAAGGCCGCCGGCCUGCGCGGCGUCGCCCUGCAGAGCGACGAGUGGGUCCACUUCCUGUCGCAGGACUGGGAGGACGACAAGUGGGAGCAGGAGAUGGCGAAGCGCUUCGGCGAGGACUACUACGCGGAGGCCGAGGUCGCGUCCGACUCGGACGACGAGGACGGUGACGCGACAAAGAAGAAGAAGAAGGUCAAGAAGCCAAAGUGGGACGACGACAUUGACAUCAACGACAUCAUCCCCGACUUUGAGGACAAGGAAACGGCCAAGUUUUCCCUCUCAGACGACGAGGCGCAGGCAGACGCCGGCGCUGACGACGAAGAAAGGGAAGACGAGGAAGACUCGGACCCCGACGCGCCCCCCUCGAAGAAGCGCAAAACAGCAACAGACCACAAAAAGGUCCGCCUCGCCGCCCGCAAGGCCGCCAAGGCUGAGCGCGCCCAGAUCGAGGCCCUCGUCGACGCGCGCAUGGACGUCGACGGCGCUGAGGUGACGCCCGCCGAUGACCCGGAGCUGACCUUCCGCUACCGCGAGACGUCGCCGCAGUCUUUUGGCAUGACGGCGCGCGACAUCUUGCUGGCGCCUUCGGACGCGGCGCUCAACAACUUUGCCGGCCUCAAGAAGCUCGCGACGUUCCGCGACGCCGAGAAGAAGCAGAAGGACCGCAAGAGGCUCGGCAAGAAGGCACGCCUCCGCGAGUGGCGGCGCGACACAUUUGGACGCCAGUUUGAGCGGACGGGCCCGACUUUUGGGUUCGACGGGCUCGUCAAGGAGGAGCAGGCGAAGCUGAAGAAGAAGGCGGAGGAGAAAAAGGCUGAAGGUGGAGGCGACGAUGCCGAUGGUGAGGUACAGAAGAAGAAGAGGAAAAGAUCGAGGGGAAAGAAGGCACAGAGCGAAGGCGGCGCGCCUCUGGCAGAAGAAGCCGGGGAGGAUGUCGAGUAG